GUGAUAAAUAACAUCUCGGCAUAUGUAACCCGAUUGGACACCCAGCAGGCGAUGCUGAACGUUUAAUAGUUUGCUGAUACUGUUUUUUGUUUUGAACUUUUACAACUUUACGUUGUAGCUCGUUGGAACUCAGUAUCCUGUAGUUACUUGACUCAGACACAGUUGAGUGUUUACCUCGACCAAACCGAUGACAUCGCCUCGUAGAACUUUGCUUAAAGUAGUCAUUUUAGGCGACAGUGGAGUCGGUAAGACUUCCUUAAUGAACCAGUUUGUCAAUCAUAGAUUUAGCAGAGAAUACAAGGCAACCAUAGGAGCAGACUUUCUGACAAAAGAGUUAGAGGUGGACGGAGAAGCAAUCACACUCCAGCUAUGGGAUACUGCAGGACAAGAACGAUUUCAGAGUCUCGGAGUGGCCUUCUAUAGAGGAGCGGAUUGCUGUAUUGUCGUUUACGACGUUAACAACGCGAAAAGUUUUGAGUCUGUCGAAAACUGGCGUUCAGAAUUCCUUGAACAAACAUCGUCAUUGAAUAACAACGCGUUUCCGUUCGUGAUACUUGGCAAUCAAAUCGAUAAAGACCCGUCGAAGCGGACAGUUCCGCUUAAUCAUGCUCUGAGUUAUUGCAAGAACCAAGGAGGCAACUUGACCCACUUUGAAACAAGUGCCAAAGACGGUACGAAUGUUUCAAUAGCCUUUGAAUCCAUUGCUCGUUCUGCUCUUGAAAAUAGUAGUCACGAGGACUAUGCAAGUGAUUUGACAGGCUCUAUUAGCCUGCUAAACAACACGAACGAAUCUGGCUCCUGUGCCUGUUAAUGAGCAUUCGUCCUACCAAGAAAGAUUAAUGUACAAGCUUUGACGAAGAGUUUAAUUCCACCACAUUCUAAUUUCAAUCGUUUUCUUAAUGCAUAUCGAAGAGGAGGAAGAGGAGAGCCCUUACCACAAGCACAGACAACACGGGUGAGACUAUUCCAUAUCCUUUUGGACAACGAGUUGAAAGUCACCUGAAGUGUUACAUAAGACAUGCUCGGAUACCUUGAACAUUAAUAACCCUCCUCUCCCCAUUCAUCUUCCAUUUGAAUUUCUCCAAAGCCCAAAAGCUGGCUGGAAACAUGCUCGUUCCUUUCACUCGGUGACAGCAAAGAAUAGUUUUCCUUACGCAAGGGAGAAACUCCAGACAUCAUAAUUGGAGGUGCCAUGGUUUUAGGGCUUGGUACCAUGAUGUCAAGUUUCAUAGGAGAAGAAUCUUGAACAUAACUAGGUAGCUGUGAAUCUUUAAUGCCGGCACGACGGAAUUGUUCAGACACACUCUGAACUGUCGUGUCGUUGGGUAAUUGUUGAGGACUUUUUAAUAGAGACGCGUGUUUAGAUUGGGGAGACA